CCAAACCAAGCAGUUAAAACGGCUCGAUGACUUACGAUGCAUUCAUAAUAACAAAAGAAGUCAAAGUAUGAGUAAUAUGCUAUUACUUAAAUAAGGUGUUUGAACUUAAAAAACACUUCAGUACGAAAGAGAUUCUCGGCAAUUUUAAUUUUCACACUUAGAGAAUUUGAAGAACAUUUAACAGUUAAUUUCACAAACCAGAUUCGAAAACGUAGAUAUUUUCACUUUACAAGAAGAUCUUUUAGUGCCAAUGAAGCUUAAAUAUAUUACAUCGCUCCUGGAACGACUAAUAUUUAUAAAAUCCGAAUACUUAUUAAGUAAAAUUUCUGGUUUGCAAGAAGGUGUUCCUAAUGCAGACAUUUUUUCACAAAUAAAAAUAAUACUGUAUAUGGAUUGUUUAUUUAAUCUCAUCAAAUCCAAGACGAGAUCACUCAAAAAAGUAGAGCUUUCUGAAAUAUCAGAAAAAGUGGAAAAUAUAGUACGUGAACGUUUUGCGGAUCCGAGCAGAUAUAGUGGCUGCCGUUCUGCGUUUUCCACUGAGAAGGCUUUGUGCCAUUUUAUCGUUUUGGCUUUGUUGUUAGAAUCGAACUACCAAGUCGAUGCUAAGAUUUCAUCACAGGAACUAAACAUGCCUUCUUCCAAGAUUGUAAAAUACUCUCAAUUAGUUCACGCAUUGCCCAAGUCACGGUCAUCAAUACUAACUUUGCGUUUACCUACAUCUGUUCCUUCAAUUUCUUCAACUUUCACAAAGAAACGAAGAUCUCUUAAUAAAAAUUGA